AUGCCUGGGAUUAAACCUGGUAUUGCAUUUAGAGGCAUUCCAGCUUUCACCAACAUGAAGACCUAUUCAGAUGGUAAUGCAAGUCCAAAUCAGACAGUGAUCACUGAAUUCAUUCUCCUGGGAUUUGGGAACCUUUAUGAGCUAAGGAUCCCAACUUUUGUGAUAUUCCUUGCGGUCUAUAUAGUGACAUUAACAGGAAAUACAAUGAUCACGGUGGUUGUGUUGACUGACCAUAGCCUUCAUAACCCCAUGUACUUCUUCCUGGGAAACCUCUCUUUCUUGGAAAUAUGGUACACCACCAGCGUGGUUCCAAAGAUGCUGAAAACAUUCCUGACUGCCCAUGAGGCCAUUUUUUUCUCAGCUUGCCUCUUCCAGUUUUAUGCCUUUGGCUCAUUGGCAGUUUCUGAGUGUUUUCUUCUAGCUGUGAUGUCCUAUGAUCGCUACAUAGCCAUAUGCCACCCAUUGCAUUAUGCAAACAGCAUGAGCUUCAGAGUGUGCCUUAAGUUAGCAAUAGGGUCGUGGAUUGGUGGAUUUCUGUCCCCAGUGGUCACCAUACUAAUGGUUUCUGUGUUGCCUUUCUGUGCUUCUAAUGAGAUUGAUCAUUUUUUCUGUGAUUUGACCCCUGUCGUUAAACUUGCCUGUGGAGACACACAAAGAGUGAGGAUCCCUGCUUUCCUUAUUGCCUCCCUUGUAUCCUUCUCUCCAUUCCUUCUCACUGUUCUGUCAUACUAUAAAAUCAUCUCCACCAUCCUCAAGAUCCCAUCUGCCAAAAGCAAACAGAAAGCCUUUUCCACCUGCUCCUCCCAUCUCAUUGUGGUUACGGUGUUCUAUGGGACAUUGAUGGUGGUAUAUGACGUACCUGCGACAACUUGGUGUCCAAAUCUAAGCAAAGUCUUUUCUGUUCUCUAUACAGUAGGAACACCAAUGGUUAAUCCUAUUAUAUUUAGUCUGAGGAAUAAGGAUGUGCAAAAUGCACUGAGGAAGAUUUUGACCAGAAAUUCUGCAUUGUCACUUGAAUGA